AUGCUUCCAAUAGAAAAAGAAAAUUCUAGAGUUGCUACAACUAAACCAUUAGAUGAACUUUUUACUAAUGUCGGUCAAAAGUUUGAGACAGAUACCGUAAAGCAUGAAGGCUAUCGUUUUGACUACCCAUUAAGAUGGUUAAGAGACCCAUCUGUCACAAAAG